UGACAGCUAGCACCUUAAGAAUACCUAUGUGAGAUAGGUAUAUAGAGAGAGAUUCUAUGUCUGUAGCUAUGCCUGGGUGGUGGAGGGGUGGGACCGUCCAGAGAGAGAUACUCUAAAGAAGCUUCUGGGACGAGAGGUGAAAAGUUUCCGGGGGGGGGGAAAACCCCCCAAAGUCUAGUUGCCUUUUGGAAAAGCAUCUUGGGGGGACAAUCCCAGGACCCGGAGGAUUGAGAAGCUCUCUAGACAUAGAGAGAGAGACCGGAUUAAGGCAUCUAUAUCAGACUCCACAUUCCGCCCCCCUCCCACUUUCUUUACCUUGCCCCGCCCCCGCCGGGGUUUGCCAGCUCAUAUAGCCGCUUUCAGCUUUCACUCCGGUUUCCAAAGCGAAGUUCGAGACAGGUCCCCCGAAGUUAGAGACGCUCAGCAUGUUCCCACCUCCGGAGCAACGCGGCACCGCAGUCUCGGUCGCCCGCCGACUGCGGGCGCUGCUGCUGGUGCUGCCGGCGCUGGUGCUGCCGGCGCUGCGCUGCGCCGCCGUCCCUCACACAGCCAGUCCCCGCAUCCUGACCGGGGCGCUGGGUGGGAAAAAGUUCCAGUUUAAUACCACGGAGAAACACAUCACCCUCUACCACGAAAAGGGCUCUUCUUCCCUGUUCGUGGGAGCAGAAAACAAGCUUUACGUUUACAAUUUGGAGGACUCCACCAGCCACGUGGAACGUUUUGAUGCAGAUAAAUCCAGGCCCCUGUGUGAAAAUCCCGAGGAGGCCACCAAUUAUCUCACCUUCAUCGAGAAGUACCAGGACAAGGUGUUGAUUUGUGGCACCAACGCCUGCAAGCCCACCUGCUGGAACUGGGUCGAUGGGAAGAAAGAGCCAGGGAUGGGUGCCCAGAGCUUAGCUCCUUUUGGCCUUGAUAAAAAUUCCCUCGUCCUCAUUGAUGGCAAUGACAUCUAUUCGACUAUCCGGAAAUACCAAUCCAAUGGACGGAUUCCUCGUUUCCGGCGGGUCCGAGGAGCCGCUGAACUUUACACCAGUGACACAGUCAUGAAGAAUCCACAGUUUGUGAAGAUUGCACCAAUCAAGCAAGAAGAGGCCUACAACGACAAGAUCUACUUCUUCUUUCGAGAGGACAACCCUAACUGGCCAAAUAAUCCUUUGGCCCCAAGGAAGAUCUCCAGGGUGGCUCAAGUGUGCAAGGGUGACAAAGGGGGCAAUGGGUCCUUUUCAGCAGCCAAGUGGACAACACUCCUGAAGGCCACGUUGCUCUGUGUGGACUCAGCCACUAAACGAAACUUUGAGUGGCUUCAAGACGUCUUUAUCGUUGAAUCGGACCAAUGGUUUCAGACAAAGAUCUACGGGCUUUUCCUCAAUGAGUGGGGUUACUCGGCAGUCUGCGUCUAUUCCGUUAGUGACAUCAGCGAACACUUCAGAACGUCUCCCCUGAAAAACUACAGUGGAAAAAGCCCUGCUGUGAAGCCAGGACAGUGUCUAGAAGGAAAUGAAAAGACUCCACCUGAGACUUUCAAAGUGAUUGACAGCUAUCCAGAGUUGGCCGCCCAAAUGAAUGGGAAAAUUGUCUUCUACAGCAAACAUCACUACCAGCAACUCGGCGUCCACCAGGUUGAGGCAGCAAAUAAUAAGAUCUACAAUGUUCUGUAUUUAGCCACAGACAAAGGAAGCAUCCAUAAGGUGGUCGUCUUGCCAAAAGGACCCAUGAAUAUUCUGGAAAUCCAGCCUUUCCAAUCCCAGGCAGGCAUCCUUGCCAUGAUUUUAGACCACACAAGGAAUGAAUUAAUUGUGGCUUCGGCCAACGAGGUGGUGCAGCUCCCCAUGGCCUCUUGUGGGGCAUAUGAGAACAACUGUGGGAGCUGUGUGCUCUCCAGAGACCCCUACUGUGGAUGGAUCAAUGAGGAAUGUACUUCUAUUUAUGAGCAGGAAAAUGGAACUUUAUUGCAGUCUCUAAGCCAUGAUGUCCCUCGAAACAUUUGUCCUACUUCAAACAACUUGACAUCCGAAGGAAACAGCAGCAGCCCAUCCUCAAAGAAUGUCAAUGUGACUCUAAAUUCCCGUUAUUUCUUGACUUGCUCUCAAGAAUCUCAUUAUGCUAAUUACACUUGGUUCCAUAAUGACCGGCCAGUUGCACACUGUAGUUCUGGACACCGUCACUGCCUUCAUUUCAUUGACAAUAUGACCGACCAGCUCUAUGGCAAGUAUUCCUGCGUAUCUAGAGAAGACUGGUUCUAUCAGACAGUCCUAACUGAAUACCUGGAGAAUCCCUCUAAGGACACAGAGUACAAGCUUGCAAGAUCAGUGGGACUUGCCUCCGUGCCAUCUUUAUCGUUCUGGCUGGGCUUACUGCACAUGAUAGGCAUAGUCUUGAUCAUCCAGUAAAGCCUGAUCUUCUGUGGACCUUCACACCAUGUCCCUACUUGGCUGGAUAUUCAGGAACAUUUCUACUGAAGACAUCUCACCAUUCAGAUGGUUGUAGAGCUGAGGAUCGAAGGUCAGUGCAGAUGGUCUUCAAAGCAACAUCUUCUUGAUCUUCUUGACAUCUGGAUGGAGGCAAGGGAGAAGAAGAGACUCUUUUCCUGAAAGAGAAGGAAAAUGAUUGAUAUCCUCAGAGUCACUUGUUGAGAUGGGUGGUUCUGUAAAUUGGACAAUUAACAUCAUAAGUAAAUGUAUCAGGCAAGAAGAACAUGGAAACCCUGUGGUGGCCUUGACUAAUCUAACCUCAAAAAUGAAGAUGAGUUUCCUAGAAGCAGAUUAGGAUUUACAAGGUCUAUUUGCACAUGAUCUCUGCCAGAAGACUGGCCGGUGGCUUUUCAACUCCUUCCCAUCCGUCCAUUUGUAGAACAAGCUUGAUUCCAUGUUUGUGCAGGGAUCCACUUUGAGAAAAUGGCAUUUUCAAUUCUCCACCACCUUCGUUGGUGUUACUGCUGCUUAUUAAAGAAAAUAGCGAGUGCCAGCUAAAGCUGCCCAGGUCUAUAGGCCAUAAACUUUUGGAAAAAUACCUUUUUGUAUUUCAGAAUAGUUGCAGAAUAUUUAUUUAUUGUAUUUUCUCUUUGUGAAAGAGAAAGCUUCCAAUUCUUUGCUUUGUAAACAUUUGUCCCUGACCUAUAUUGUGUAUUUCCCCCAAUUCAAUUGCAUCCUGUUUCUUUAAAUAAUUGUGGUCUGUUUGUUGUUUUUGCUUUUUUUUUAAAAAAAAAAUAAUCCACCCAAUUUCUUCCUUUGGAAGUCGUGGUUUCAUGUUCCUUGGUCGAUGAAGGUUUUCAAUCAUCUAAAGAUGGACUAGAAGAGCUAGUGGCAAAUGCCCAGAUUUCAAGAGGGUGGGGGAAAGAAGAAGCAAUGGUUGAACAUCUGAGGUGGAGAAGUUCUGAUUCCUGGAGAACAGACCUUAAAGAGGAGCAGAGACUUUUUUGGGUAAAUCUUUGCAAUGAAGUUGUCCAAUCUGGUGCAAAAUUGCUCACCUUAUGGCGGACCAAGCGUCAUCCUUAAGCCACUUCCCAAGGCUCACUUGUGAUCCAACCCUUGUUAUGGGACCAUUGUUUGGAGAAUCAACUGUGAAAUGAAUCAGUCCUCUUUCCAUUGAGUACCUCUUGGUCUUUCCAUUGAGUACCUCUUGGUCUGUGCUACACUACAUUUUUUUUUUUAAAAAAAAGAGCCAUUCCUUAUUUCGCUUCAGUACAUUUCUUUGUUGUCAAUAUUGUUAUUUUGUGGUCCUUCAAUACACUUUGAGCUGCUGUAACCCUUGAUUAUGAACAGAAGGGACCCAAAGCAAGUGUGUUUUGUGGGGAAAGGCAAUCAAAAAAGUUAAGAUGGCGGCUGCCUGAUAGAAGGGGGUGGGGCUUUAAUCACAUGGCUGUGGAUGCCAUUUUGAAGGGGGGAGUUUGACGCACAUUUCUCAUGGAUACCUCUGAACCAAAGACUUAUUCCCUUUUUUUUUUAUAUAGUUUUGCUUCCCAUUUCUUUGUACCUGAAUGUAUUUUUUAAAUAGAGAGCUUUAAAAAUAAACGAAUAAAAUGUUUUCAGAAUC